AUGGAUACUACACCUUCUGAGAUUUUGGGAAAUCCGAAGUACGACCCAUGGUUUCAGAAUUGCAUUGGUGCUAUUGAUGGAACACAUAUCAGUGCAUGGGCUCCUUCAUCAAAACAAAUUUCAUACCGAGGUAGAAAAGUUAGUGUGACACAAAAUAUUAUGUUGGCGUGUUCAUUUAACAUGAUGUUCACAUAUGUCUACACCGAAUGGGAAGGAACGGCUAAUGACUCGAGAGUGUUGAUGGAUGCAAUAACAAGAGAAGAGAAUAGGUUUCCAAUGCCUCAAGAAGGAAAAUAUUAUGUUGUUGAUUCCGGCUAUGCCAACAUGAGUGGGUUUCUCGUACCAUAUCGCAAAGUGCGUUAUCACUUGCGUGAUUUUAGAGGAAGAGAUAAUGAUGUUGAUGUGGUAGAUGAAGAAAGCUCGGGGGCGAAUCAAGAAGGGGAAAAUAUGCAUUUGAAUGACGACAAUGUUAUGAAUGAUUCUUGGAGAGGAGAUAAUUUAUUUUCUGAUUGUUCAAUUUCUGAGGUAACAGCUGAGUUUUUCACCACUGCUCGUUCUAUGCUGGAGCAAGCCCAGGCACGCAACGCUGAGGUUCUUGAGGCUUCUCGGGCGUUCAAAGGACAUACAUAUUCAAAUUCCAUCUAUUAUUUAGAGCCUUGGAGUAUGCCCGGAUUUGCUCAAAGAGAGGAAACUGCUGUGGCUUCCGGGAUGGCUAUGUUGAAGGCUAAGAUUGACAGGGGCGAAAUUCCUGGCAUUGUUAAGGGGCAGGGGAGGAUUUUCCUUAAGAAGCGCAGAUGCGAGUUCCCAAUUCCAGGAGCUGGGGAACUGAGGGAGAGGCGUCCAGAUUAUGUACCAGUCACUGUGGAGAAAGAUGCAAGGAGUAAUGGCAUUCCUGGCAUUAGCAUGAAGAAAUAUCAUGUCCCUGGUGAGAUGCCAGUUGGGGAAUUUGUUAUUUUUAUUCGGCAGCAGAUCGCGCUCCCCCUGUCCAAGCCUCUGUCUGUCUUCUUCAAAAACACUGAACCUCCUGCUGAUGCCUUGAUGUCAGAAGUGGAUGGGGAAAAUAGGGAUGAAGAUGGGUUUCUUCACAUGUCCUACAGUGGAGAAGCGAAUGCCUCUGGAUCCAUCAAUCACGAGCAAGAAUGGAUGGACAAGGCACUGCCUGGAUAUCGCCGGUUGCACAUGCAAGGUGCUUAGUCAUCAAACUUUGAU